AUGUCGAAGCCGGAAUCCUCUAUCCUCGCCGCCGAUGACGACUGGGCUGAUGACGGCGGCGCCACUUUCAUCAGCGACCUCAGCAUCGGCUCCUUAUUCACCAAGUCACUCCUUAUCCUCCUCUUUGUCUUCUUCGUCAUCCGCCUGUCUAUCACCAUUUACCGCCACUGCCGCCGCGACAGCCAUCAACCCCGUGGCUACGCCGGCAACAAUGUCCCCGGCUCAGCUGUUAAUAAUCCCGACGACCACCACGACGAAGAGAACCCCGUCCAAAAUGAUGAGGAGGCAACCACAAGUAGGGCCUUCGACGUUGAAGUCGUCAUCAGCUUGUGCCCGAAUUUCAUGUACGGUGAUGAAAAAGCCGACGACCGCAACAAUACGACAUGUCCGAUUUGCAUGUGCGAGUAUUUGGAAUCGGAUAUGAUGAGGAUGUUGCCGCAAUGUGGGCAUUACUUUCACCUUAAAUGCAUUGACGAGUGGCUGAGAAUUAGUUGGUCGUGUCCUGUGUGUCGUGACUCGCCGUUGUUGCCACAGGCCACGCCGUCGACAUCGUCAUCCGGCGAUCAAUAA